AUGCACGCUUUGCAUCAUUUAAUCCACGAAGAACACAGCAAAGAUGGAGAAGAAGGUAGCCCAACAGUGGCCAAAAUUACAGCCAUGGUUGUACUGGUUACAGCUUCGUUUGUAGUAGGCGCCCUACCGAUUAAAUUAAACACAUGGUUCCACUGGGAAUCGGACGCAAACCAGCACGGCCUUGUUAAAUUCCUGCUGGGAAUAGGCGGAGGUGUGCUGCUUUGCACCACAUUCAUCCACAUGUUGCCAGAAGUGAACGAAAGUUUCGAGCAAUUCGACAUAACUCCCAAUAUGCAUUACGCAGAAAUUUUGAUGUGCAUAGGUUUCUUUACAAUGUACUUCGUGGAGGAAUGCGUUCAUAUGUACCUGAAAUACAAGGAAAGGGAACCGUCGAAAGAGGAAAGUAGUCGAAGUUCCGGGCCCGAUUUGGAUGUGAUCAAACGCAGUUUGUCCAUACGCAGAGGCGAAGACCAAGCCGAGAUAAACGCACUAAAAGAGGAAAUGAUGGCCCAUAAACAUGGCAAUGAAGGGCAUUCCCACGUUGCUAUACAACCUAACGGUUCUUUUAUUGCUAUAAUCCGAGGGCUAUUGGUGGUACUGGGUAUUUCAGUGCAUGAAUUAUUCGAAGGACUCGCCAUUGGUUUAGAAUCAUCGCCCAGUAAUGUUUGGUACAUGUUUGGGGCGGUUAGCGCCCACAAACUAGUCAUAGCCUUUUGCAUUGGUAUAGAACUAGUUACAUCGGGUUUAAAAACAAUUUAUAUAGUGAUGUACAUGUUCUUGUUCGCCAUUGUUAAUCCCAUAGGCAUAGGAACAGGAAUUAUAAUCAGCAACAAUUCGGAUUCAUUCACUAAUUUGGUUUCUGUGAUAUUGCAAGGUUUGGCAACUGGAACCCUGAUAAAAACUAAUCCAUUAAGAAUACCCUGCUACGCUAAUUCGUCUGAUGACCACCACCACGACCAUAAAAGUUAUGAAUCCUGCUACAAUAACGACACCACUUUGGCCAAAGUGUUGGCCAUGAGCAUCCUAUUCGUGAUAUCCUUCCUCAUCGGCAUUCUACCGAUUAAACUGAACAAAUGGUUCGAUUGGACCAGCGAAGCCAAACACAGUGUGUUCGUGAAAUUUUUAUUAGGUAUGGGUGGUGGAAUCCUGCUGUGCAUGACUUUCAUACAUCUGCUGCCCGAAGUGAAGACUAAAAUCGAAGGCAACCACAUAUCCGCUUACAUUAGCAAAAGACUGGCCGAGAUUCUGCUGUGCACCGGCUUCUUCGCCAUGUAUUUAAUCGAGGAGUGCGUCCACAGCUAUUUGCAUUACAGGGAAGAGCACCUGCUGCUCAGGACGAGCCUGCGCAUACGCCGAGGGGAACAUCUCGAGACGAUGUUGAAGCAGGAUGCGAUGCACAGCAACCAAGAAGGGCAUUCUCACGGAGCAUCCUUCGAUACUUCGAAUACCAUAGCUAUUAUUCGAGGGUUGUUGGUAGUCCUGGCCCUUUCGAUACACGAAUUGUUCGAAGGUUUAGCUGUGGGCCUCGAAACGUCCCCCAAGUCCGUUUGGUACAUGUUCGGAGCUAUAAAUGCUCAUAAGCAGGUUAUAGCGUUUUGUAUAGGUAUAGAAUUAGUUAGUUCGAAAUUGAAAACUUGGGUUAUAAUCAUCUACGCCUUUAUAUUCGCCAUCGUUAGUCCUUUAGGAAUAGGUGUGGGCAUUUUAGUGUGCAAUUUUAGGCAAUCGACGGCCACGAUCAGUGUUAUCCUGCAAGGAUUAGCGUCCGGGACGUUGGUGUAUGUGAUAUUCUUCGAAAUACUGCAAGGCGAAAAGAAAAGCGGACUGUUGCAAUAUUUUGCAAUACUGUUAGGAUUUUCCAUUAUGCUUCUACUGACAUUUAUAGAUUUAGCACAUACACAUAAUUGA